UCACCCUGCCCAGAUCAGACUCCCACAUGCCGCUGCUCCCGGCCUGGCUUUUGCCCUGGGCCCGGAUGAGCCAGCUCCUGUAGGAUACAGUGAGAGCCAGAGCCAGCCCUCAGAAGGCCCAGAGAAAGGGAUUGUUAUUAGCCCUGUUUUGCAGGUGGGGAAACUGAGGCACAGGUCGGCCAUAACUUGCCACCACUCACACACGGAGGCUGCGUCCGAGCUGGAAAGCUUCCUCCGCCGGUUGCUUUCGAUUCCAGCCAGCCAGACGGGAUGUCCUGCAGGAAUGUGCUGCUGACGGGCUGCUCUUCCGGGAUCGGGCUGGCUCUGGCCGUGCGGCUGGCUAGAGAUGAGCUGAAGCGGUUCCGAGUCAUCGCCACCAUGCGGAACCUGGACAAGCGCCAGGAGCUGGAGAAGCAGGCGGGGCCGGUGCUGGACGAGACCCUGGAGAUCCGCCAGAUGGACGUGACGAGCGAGGAGUCCAUCCGGCGCUGCGUGGAGGCCAUCCCCCAGCGGAGAGUGGACGUGCUGGAUGAGGGGGUCAUGAGUGCCUUGGACCCCGCCCUCUUAGGCCUGCCGGUUUAG